CCCUCAAUAAGAUCCAUGCAAGGACGUCAUAGUAAAAACCGUCGAGAAUACUCGGUCCAAUCAACAUUUGAAAGCAAACACACUUAUUGUGGCCCGUGCUCUAACAAACAGUGUAACUGCCAGUCUAGUCAAGAGCGUUUCUCUCACUUCAGCCUCUUCUCCUCCAUCGCAUCACCAUCAUACUCAACAACCAGUGGCUACGUCGUAAGACGACGACGUGAUUGCUGCCAUGGCGCAACAAAACAACAUCGUCCAGGGUGCGCCCGCGACGAAUGUUGCGAGCUCCAGAUCAUUCGCAGAUUCCCCGACCUUGUCUGACGUCACCAUCAAGUUUGGCGAACAUACCUUCCACGCUCAUAAGGUAGUUCUCGCUAUGAAAUCAGACUGGUUCAGAGCUGCGUUCUGCGGCAACUUCAUUGAGAGUGGUCAGUCCGAAAUUACUCUCCAUGGCGAUGACCCAGAUGCCCUCAGAUUUGUUCUCCAAACCGCGUAUGAGGACACCUGGACACCGGAGACAGGGGGUAUUCCCUUCUUGCUACGAGUCUACCGAGUUUCCGCCAAAUACCAACUUGAAAGCACGAAGAAAAAAGCUAUGAGAUUCAUUCUAGCAACUUUCCGAAGGCUCCUUAGGAAGAUUGACCAAAAGGGGGAUGAAAUGCUAGAUGAUUUCAUGAAAGUCAUGCUCGAGAUCUACGACGGCGAGGAACCCCUCCCUGCGAUUGCCGAAGACAUAAUUGACGUGCUCUGUGAUCAAAGCCCGGGGGUAUUCAGCAUCAGGAGUCCCAAUGUGCACAAAGCCGUUGUAGACACUUCCAAGCAGAUUGCGGCGUUCGCUCAAGAUAUGCUCCCGAAGAUAAUGCUGACUGUCGGAAACCGUGAUACCUCACCUUACAGCAGCGACUUGAGCUACUAG